CGACCGAAUAGGUCGUAGUGUUUACAAACUAUGUUUAAAACCUCUAUAGUGUUACACGUUACUAUAAGAUCGAGUAAAAAUUGUAUCAAGAUUAUAUUUAUGUUUUAAACAGAUUUUUAUGGUUUCUUAUCAGAAUAAGUUUUGUUUUUAUUUUAUAUAUACAUAUAAUCUCGGUUAAAAAAGUCAAAUAAAAUGAUUUUUAAUUUUUUUAAAAUUAGCUGUUUCAUUAUGGUGAUAAAAAAUUUUCCUAUACAGACAUAUGGAGUAAAAUUGGGUGAAAUUUGUCAGUCAAAUAAAGAUUGUGAAACAGAAUUUAGCAGAUGUCAUCAAGAGUCUGAGAGUUGUUCUUGUUUACCAUACUACGCGCGAGUGAACAACACAUGUUUACAGUCGUCACUUUUGGGAUUUGAGUGUAUCGUAGAUGAGCAAUGUUCGUUGAAAGUAGCUAAUAGUAGAUGUUUUAAUAAUGUUUGCGAAUGUGAAUCAAAAUUCUGGCAGUAUCGAAGACACACAUGUUUAUCUCCUGCCAAGCUGGGAGAAGUGUGCUAUAGUGACACGCACUGUACAUUAUAUGAUGAAAAAAAUAAAUGUGAAUUUACUAUACCAAGUGUGUUUGGCUUUUGCGUAUGCAAUUCUGCUAUCCAUAGUGAUUGUUCAUUAAAAGGGCAAGAGUCGGCUUUAAUAAAACCUAAUAAUUCAGCGUUCAAGUACCCAUUCAGUAAACCAGAUUUGAAGAAAAAAGUACCUUUUCAAAAACGACCCUGGCAACAGAAUCUGCGACAUCCAACAACUACCUCAACAGCUCGACCAUUACAACCAAUCGACAAACCACAAUUGCCUUUUUUGAAACGGCCAAUUUUAAAAACUAACUUGACUAAUAAUGGUUUAAAAACAAAUGCAAUUUCGUUCGUCAAUACCCAGUCAUCUAUUGUUUCUUUCAACUAUUCAACAACUUCACUCAAAAGUACAACAUUUAAACCUCAAAUUGCAUCGAUGCCUACGCCUUCACCUAUAAAAAUUUUCUUAAAAAGACCGAUAAAAGAUUCACAAAAUAAAAGUCAAACAAAUUACAAUAACAAUACAUUUAUAAAAAUGCACAAGAAACCAACAAGUAGUUCAGGUAUAAUGUUAAGAAAAGGAGAACCAAAAAGACGUAUAAGUCUUGGAUUUCCAUGUGUGAGUGAUGCUCAGUGUAUGCGAAAUGACGAAAACUCACGCUGCAUACAGGGUACUUGUGAUUGUCAAUCAAACAAUAGGACAAGUAACCAGUGUUCAUCGAAAUCACGUGGUUGUUUACAAAAUACAUUCCAAUGUCGAUCCAGUGGUAAAUGUAUUAGUUGGUUCUUUGUAUGCGAUGGCCGAACUGGGGACUGCGGAGAAGACGAUAAUUCAGAUGAAGAAUGUUCGGGAAAUCAACAGUGUCCAAGCACGACAUUCGCAUGUCGAUCUGCCAAUGGUCUCAAGAAUCUGUGUGUUUCCAGAUCGACACGCUGUGACGGUGUAAAAAACUGUCCAUUCGGAGAUGACGAAGAAGGUUGCAACGCCUUAGGGCAUAAAGGAUGUCCGGCGUAUACUUUUCAAUGCGGAGAUGGCCAAUGUCUGCCUGAGUAUGAGCUGUGUAACGCCGUUGUCACGUGCGUGGACAAAUCGGACGAGCUGGAAGGCCUUUGUGGUGGUGGAGGUGCGUCGAUGACCGUUGGCAACAAGACAACCGUUACGAGGUCACCGCCGCCAUUGACGCGGGUUCGCGGCGCUUACAGGCAUAGUCCUGCGGAAUGUCCUUUCCGGUGCAGGAAUGGCAGGUGUAGAUCAACAGCCGUGUUGUGUUCUGGCCGAGACGGAUGUGGCGACGGGUCGGACGAAUCCGGUUGUUCCGUUUGCAAAUGUCCUGCAGUUUCUUAAAUGUAUUGAAGUUGCUUUUAUGAAGAUUUUAUCAUUCUUUUAAAAUCACAUGCAAAAAUGUAAGUUAAGUGUAAUUUUAAAUGUUGUAAAUAUUUUUAAGUUUUUGAUACAUUUUAUAACUGUUUUUAAA